UGCUGACUUCGGAGCUACGAGCCUGCCUACUCCAGACAAGGCUCGGUCGACCGUGACGUCGCCACUGCUAACAUCAAGCGCUUCCGUCGACCAAGCUGAAGCUACAAAAGGCACCUCAGCGGAUCCUUCCCUUCACAUUGGCAGCAGCGGCAGCAUUGAACAGGCACAACCAAACUAGUCCCCAGUAUCUUUCAGCUGUCCGCGAUGAGCAGUGCUGCGAUCUUCAGCGUCCUGGGUUACGCGCUGCUGCUGACAGUGCCCGUGGUCCUGGCGUGGGCGCUGAACCGCCGUCGGCGGCAUGGCGUCUUUCGAAAGCACGGCAUCCCGGGGCCUGAUCCGGAUCUCUUUGGGGGAAACUGGAAACAGCUCAAGAGAGACCGCUUGCAGGUGAUGCAACAAUGGAUUGACCGAUACGGGAAGGUGUUCGGAUUCUUCAUGGCCGAGAAGCCCUGCUUGGUCGUGACGGAUCUGGACCUGGUGCGGCAGAUUUUUGUCAAAGAGGCGCACACCUUCAUAGACAGGGCGCAGGUCGUCCUUGAGGUGGAGCCUUUCAAUAGUUCUCUGGCUUUUCUCCGGGGUGAGGAGUGGAAGAAGGUGCGCACGGUGCUCAAUGCCGCCAUCACCGCCGGCAAGGUGAACCGUUGCUCUGGAAUUGUGAGCGGAUGUGCGAAGGAACUUGUGCGAGUCAUCGAAAAGAAUCACGAACGUGACGAGCCGGUCGAUGUCGUGGACGUGGCCGAGGGGUACUCCCUAGACGUCAUCACCAAGUGUGCACUGGCAUGGAAGGCAAACUGUCAACACAAGUCGGACGACACGUUGCUGCUCGGGCUCAGGCGAAUACUUGAAGAUUUAGACUCAACCGUCAUCGAGAGCACUCUCGCCCUGCCUGGAGUAAGGAGCAUCCUUAAGCGUAUCUACCCACUGACCAGUGUUUCUAAAACGUUCCAUGGCAUCGCCGAAAACGUGCACGACACUAUCAAUAAGCGACGCCAAGGACAAAGCCCCCGUGAAGACGACAUGCUUCAGAUGCUGCUUGACGCUCAAGCCGGUGUUGAGGACAAGACAUACAACGUCCAAAAGAGCGAUCUUCUCCUUGAGGACCGUCACGUCAUUGGCAACUCCAUCGUUCUUCUUGCCGCUGGCUUCGAUACAACAGCUACAACGAUUAAAUUCACGCUCUACCUUUUAGCCGAAAAUCCCGACGAACAAGAAAAAGUGCAUUCCGAGAUUGACGCCGUGUUACCCUACGAUGAUGAGAUAUCCCUAAACAGCAUCCAGAAUCUCAAACGCCUGGAUAUGGUGAUCAACGAAAGCUUGAGGCUGUACCCCCCCGUUCCAAUUCUCAUUGCAAGACUGUGUCCCCGAGACAUGACCGUGAGGGAUCAGUUCAUUCCGGCUGGAACCUCCGUUUUCGCUCCCGCUUGGCACAUCCACCGAGAUCCCGAGUCCUGGCCCGAGCCUGCCAGGUUCCUCCCAGACAGAUUCGCCGAAGACCACCCGGAGCGCCAUCCGCUCGCGUUUAUUCCCUUCGGCCUAGGGCCCAGGUCCUGUUUUGGGAAGAGAUUAGCUUUGCUCGAAGUCAAAAUGGCGCUUUGUGAAAUUCUGCGAGAGUACAGGGUGAUCCCAAGUGAAGAGACGGUCGAUCCUAUUCCAGUGACGGUACCCAAUCUGUUACUUCGCCCAGUAGGCGGCAUCAAACUGAAAUUCGAAAGCAAAGCAGAGCGGUGAAUGAACACUUUUCACGGACCAUGUGACUUACCACACGUGAGCGAGUAAACAGGGUUGCAAAAGUGCGUUUUGAACGAGCAUAACUGAAGUGUUGCACAGCCAUGGUCACUCACAACUUGGGAAACGGAGGGCGUGGCAGGGCAUCGUACUAUUGCUCCGCAGUUGACUGGAUUAUGUUUUUCGGAGCCGAUAAGAACUCUGAUGAACAAAUCACAAAGCAAGAAGCGUGAACACACCUGGCAUUUCUGAAGCUCUCAUCCCAGGCAGCACAGACGUGUAGGAAAGACGUAAAAAGAACGUCGAUGACGUCAGGGACCACAUCUUGAAAGAACGUCAAGAGUAUGGACGUCAGGUCCCUUCGACGUAGUAUGAUAAAAAAAGGUAGAUUUUACGUCGACAUAACAUCCCACUUGACGACCGUCAAACGUCGAAUGCACAUCUGAAAAUGACGGGAAGUUGAGUGAUAACGUUGUAUCAACGUUGACAUAACGUCCCAUUUAACGACCAUAAAACGUGGAAUACAAGUUUAAAUUGAACGGGAUGUCAAUUGAUAACGUCAUGUCAACGUUCCAAAGAGGUGGAAAUGUCAUGUCACGUAUUCAGAAAAAGCCUUAGGAUGUCAACGAAUAUGGAACGUAUACUCGAAGUCUAGGAAACGUCUGAAACGUACGUUACGUGCACUGGUGACGUUACAUCGACAUACAAUAAAAGUAAAGAUAGCACCGCACACCUUAAAGAAGGUUAUAGAGCCUCGGGCCGGCGUUCCAUCCAAACAUAUAUUCCACACUUCUAGAACGCAAUACAGUGCGUCGACUGGAGACGUUAUAUCGAUGUGUUGCUUUCACCCAAGUCCUGCAAAUAAAAUCUGUGGAACGGGAAA